AUGCGUAGGAUUUGCAUCCUAGUAGCUUUUGGGAGAAAGUACAUCGCAGAUGAGGGUGGGAAGAGGUUUAAGAAGUUGCUUAUGGAAUUUGGGUCAUUGUUGGUUGUGGCCAAGGGAGAACCAGAAAAGGCAUCGACAGUUCUAGUUGUGGCGGGUGAGAAGCUGAGAACAAAACAUGGACGCAACCCAGAAGCUCAGCGUCUUCUGCCAAAAUGUCCUCCGCCACUCAACCGUACAGCUUCUGUGUCCAAAUGCGGUCGAGUUCGGUUUCGUGCUUUGGCUGGUGGGAAUCCGGGGGUUUUGUCUUCUGCACUUGUUGAAGCCAAUGAGACUGCUUUUAUCAGAGACCAGGAAGAAAUUGGGUCUAGAAUUGAUGGAAGGAAUGGACGAGUUGGUUUGAAAACUAAGGAAGUGAAGGAGAAUGAAAUGGGUUUGGAAGGGCUGGAGGUGUUGUGGGAUGAUAGGUUUGGGACUGGUAGUGUGAAGGAUUACCUUGAUAUGGCAAGGGACAUGAUUAAGCCUGAUGGUGGUCCUCCUCGCUGGUUUUGCCCAGUUGAUUGUGGGCGUCCAUUAAAAGAUUCACCUGUGCUGCUCUUCUUGCCCGGAACAGAUGGUACUGGGCUGGGACUCCUCUUGCAUCAAAAACCACUUGGCAAGGUUUUUGAAGUUAGAUGCUUGCAUAUCCCUGUUUAUGACCGCACAUCUUUUGAAGGACUCGUGAAAUUUGUUGAAGAUGCUGUGAGGCUUGAGAGUGCUUUAUCUCCAAAUAAGCCAAUUUAUUUAGUUGGGGAUUCAUUGGGAGGAUGCCUAGCACUUGCAGUUGCUGCUCGUAACCCAACUAUUGACUUAGUACUGGUAUUAGUCAAUCCAGCGACGUCAUUUGGCAAAUCACAACUUCAACCAUUGCUCCCAGUUUUGGAGGCUUUACCAGACGUACUUCAUAUAACUGUCCCUUACCUUCUAAGCUUCAUCAUGGGUGAUCCUGUGAAGAUGGCAAUGGCCAAUGUUGAUGAUAGACUUCCUCCUGCACAAACACUAGAACAAUUGUCUGGAAAUCUUACUGCUUUAUUACCACGUCUGUCAGGUUUGGCUGAUAUUAUACCUAAGGAGACUCUCUUGUGGAAACUUAAGCUGCUCAAUUCAGGUGCUGCUUAUGCUAAUUCUCGUCUUCAUGCUGUCAAAGCUGAAGUACUAGUACUUGCCAGUGGGAAGGAUAAUAUGCUACCCAGUGGAAUUGAAGCUCAACGGCUUUCAACCUCAUUGCAGAAUUGCAAAGUUCGCUACUUCAAGGAAAAUGGUCAUACUCUAUUAUUGGAAGAUGGAAUUAAUCUGUUGACUGUUAUUAAAGGCACAAGUACAUACCGACGCUCAAGGCGACAUGAUUAUACCUCAGAUUUUAUUCCUCCUACAAUGACAGAAUACAGAAAUGCAGUUAAUCAACAAUAUAAACUAUUUAAUUUCGCUACAAGCUCUGUGAUGCUUUCAACAUUGGAAGAUGGCAAGAUAGUGAGGGGUCUUGCAGGGGUUCCCAACGAAGGGCCCAUUCUACUAAUUGGUUAUCACAUGCUUAUGGGAUUGGAACUUGCUCCCAUUGUUGAGGCAUUCUUGAGGGAGAAGAAGGUUAUGGUUCGUGGUAUGGCUCACCCAAUAUUGUUUACCAAGACUGUUGAAACUUCUUUACAAGAAUUCUCCCACUUUGAUCACUUGAGAAUCUUUGGUGCAUCACCUGUCUCUCCUAGCAACCUCUAUAAGUUGUUAUCAACAAAAUCAUAUGUUCUUCUUUAUCCUGGUGGUGUACGUGAGGCUCUCCAUCGCAAGGGUGAAGAAUAUAAGUUAUUUUGGCCUGAUCAGCCUGAAUUUGUGAGAAUGGCAGCUAGAUUUGGGGCAACAAUUGUACCUUUUGGAGUUGUUGGAGAAGAUGAUAUUGCAGAGGUAAGUUUUUUAAUCUAAUAAUGUUUUAUCUUA